AUGACGGCCAUCAAGACCAACCCGCGUCAGUCUCUGACCGUGGUGGACAACCGCACGGGCAAGACGUAUGAGAUCCCCAUCAAGGACAACUCGGUGCUGGCCACCGAUAUCAAGAACAUCAAGGCCCAACCGCAGGAUGAGCGGCCUGAGAAUGAGACCUCCCAGGGCCUGAGGGUGUUUGACCCGGCGUACAUGAACACCGCCGUCAUCCAGAGUAAAAUCACCUACAUUAAUGGCCAGGAUGGCAUCCUGCGGUACCGUGGCUAUCCUAUCCAGGAUCUGGUUCACAAGAGUAACUUCCUCGAGACUGCAUACCUCCUCAUCUACGGAGAGCUGCCCACUAGCGCCCAAUCCUCCACGUGGGAGAGCGAGAUCAUGCACCACACCUACAUCCACAGCGACAUCGAGGGCAUGUUCAAGUCGUUCCGCUACGACUCCCAUCCCAUGUCCAUGUUGACGUCUGCUUUCGCUACCCUCGGCGCCUUUGCCCCAGAGGCAAACCCGUCGCUCCAGGGCCAGAAGCUCUUCACCAAGGCCGCAUCCGGGGAUCUCGAGGCUCUGCAGAGCCUGGACAAGCAGAUUCUCCGCAUCAUUGGAAAGGCGCCCACUCUUGCCGCCGCAUCAUACCGCAUGCGACAAGGUCGUCCUUUUAACCGCCCGGCGCAGGGGCUGUCCUACACGGGCAAUUUCCUCUACCUCCUGGAUCAUCUCUCUGGCCACGAAUACAAGCCGCACCCCGUCCUGGAGAAGGCGUUGGAUGCCCUGUUCAUUAUCCACGCCGACCACGAGGUCAACUGCUCCACCGCGACGGUUCUUCAGGUCGGCAGCUCUCUGGUGGACCCCUACAGCGUCAUGGCCGCCGGCUGCAGCGCCCUCUACGGCCCGUCCCACGGCGGCGCAAGCGAGAGCGCCAUCCGCAUGCUCAUGGAGAUUGGGUCCCCCGAGAACGUGCCCGCGUUCAUGCAAAAGGUGGAGAAGAGGGAGCGCGUCCUCGUCGGGUUCGGCCACCGGGUCUACAAGAACGUUGACCCGCGAUCCACGGCCAUCCGGGAGCUCGCGGAGGAGGUGUUCAAGGUCACGGGCCGCAACAACCUGCUCGACACCGCUCUGACCUUGGCCCAGUACGCGCGGGAGAGCGAGUUUAUGCGCAGCCGCAACCUGUACCCCAAUGUGGAUUUCUACUCGGGGCUGAUCUACCAGGCUAUGGGAUUCCCGCUUGAUUUCUACCCUGUUCUCUUCGCUGUUCCUCGCUGUGUUGGAUGGUUGGCCCACUGGAGACAGCAGAUGCUGACGCCUUCGGGUGUCAAGAUCUGGAGACCUAGGCAGUUAUACCUGGGCCACGGGGAGAGAGAGUACGUCGAGGUGGAGAAGAGAAAGGUGAAAUCCGACGCAGCCAUCUUUGACGCCCCUGUCGAGGUCCAACACGGCGGCGAUAGCAAGAGGAACAAUCUGGCGACGUACAGAGACGAGAGGGGAUCCAUCGCCAAGGCCAAGCUGUGA